AUGAAAUCGACUCCAGCACCGGGAUCGUACGACGACUACUGGGCCGCUCGCAGGGAAUCGGAACACUGGUGGAUUGAUCAUCAACCCUUUCUCCAGUCAAGAGGCUACCAACUGCGUCGUCGAUACCAUGCCGACUGGACUCCGUCAUGGAGACUUCCAGGAGCCGCAUUACCAAUGUAUGACUGUGAGGAUAGUCGACAUGGACUAAAUCGCCUUGUGUUAGAUGCCAUACGAAUAGAGGAUGGUUCCAAGGUUGUUCUCAAGCGCGUAGAUACGCGCCAUGUGGAGUUGCCGAUUAUCCAGUACCUCAACUCACCGGACCGUCGACACCACGCUGACAACAGAGCGGCUCCAUUAUUGGAUACUAUCCCAAUACCUGAUGACGACAACACUGUUUUGAUUGUCAUGCCUUUUCUUAGACUUUUCAACUCCCCGAUAUUCCGCCAUCUCCGAGAGGUCAUUGAUGCGCUUGGUCAAUUUCUCCAGGGAUUAGUAUUUAUGCAUUACCACUCCAUAGCUCACCGCGAUGUUUGUCGCCUAAACCUGAUGAUGGACGCAUCCAAGGUAGUCCCGGGUGGAAACAAUUUCAACAUACCAAGGGCUGAGGAAAACGACCUCAGCCUCCACUAUAGCUGGAAAGACCGAUGCUCUGUCGAGCCAGUUGCUUAUUAUCUUAUUGAUUUUGGCCUUUCGCGCUAUUUUCCUGAGGGCGUCGAAGCCGCAGCAAGCUUCGGCAGGUACGGGCAGGACCGCACAGUCCCAGAAUUCAAGUGGGAGGUGCCGCACAAUCCGUUUAAAGUGGACAUUUAUCAACUAGGGAACACUUUCCUUAACGUUCUCGCCCGCUUCCCCGAGAAUCGAGGACAUCUUCUACCCUUAUUGCGUUCGAUGACCGCUGAUGAUCCAAAUGCACGACCGACCGCACUCGAAGCCUUGAUGGAACUCGAGGCACUGAGCGUGCACAUCCCGGGGGACGAGCUUACGAUACCCAUGGUCUAUGAAGCGGACGGCGACGACUCCUCAUGCUCCGAAGAGGAGGAUCUCGACCAUGAGAUAACGUCUGAGGAUGACCACGAGCUGGUUGAAUUGGGAGAGUAG